AUUCAUGUUAUACCAAAGGGUAAAUUAAGUAAUUAUAUUCAUUAGGAGCCAGAAGAGAUCCUUGAGCCUUCUAAGCCGAAAGUUGAGAAUAGACUUCUAAAGUAUGGCAAAAGGUAUGAGGAGAAAAGAAUGAAACUCAAAGAAUCUAUCUAUAAAGAAAUGAUGCAAGAUCGCCCCUUCAUUUAAAACAUCAACUCCUAAAAAAGAAUCAACCAAAGUGUCGUUGAUAGACUUUAUGAGUCUCCUCAUUGUGGAAAUAAUUGUGGUUAAAUUGAAAAACUUGUCAAAAAAUCAUCUGUUAGAUACCCAUUACAAGAAAUAGUCAGACCAAUCAGUUCUUAAAAUGUUUAUUUAAAUAUCCCGUCAUAACAGUCACCCCUUAAACAAUCACAAUCUUUAUUCUCUUAGCAAGGCAAGUUCUUGGAAAAUACAUACUCACAUUAAUAAAAAAUCAAACCAAUUCGUUAAUCUUCAGCGUUAACUUUAAAUAAAAACUCUAUUCAUAAAUAAAAUGGUCAAAAUAGCAUCAUCCAAAUUAGCAUGGAUCUUUUUCAAAGAAAGAAAAGAUCAUAAAACAUCUGUUGA